AUGAGCUCCAAAUCGAGGAAGCGGUCCCGCGCCGUCACCGACGAGAACCGCGCCGACUGCCCCUUCGCCGUGACGCUCGUCACGACGCCCUCGUAUGAGGAGCGGGACCAUGUGGCCAAGAAGCGCAAGCGCGACGGCACUGAAGACGACCGGAGCUCCAAGGAGCUGAUACAGGUGUCGCCCUUUGCACCCAGGGGCAAGUUCAAGACGCAUCAGACCAUGGACGUGUCGUAUAGCGUGGAGCCGCGCAAGCGCUGGCUCGACAUGACGCGAUACAACAGCUUCGUUCUCAACAACGUCAAGUACUACAACGAGAACUAUGUCUACAUCGCCAACGACGCGACGAUUGAGCGCCAAAAGGCGACCAACAAGGACCCCGAGCGCCGGGGCCUGCUACAGUCCGCCGACUACUGGGUGGCCAAGAUCCUCGAGGUUAGGGCCCUCGACGAGCACCAUGUCUACGCCCGCGUCUACUGGAUGUACUCCCCCGACGAGUUGCCGUCGAACACGCUUGACGGGAAGAAGGUCGUGUCUGGGCGUCAGCCGUACCACGGCCAGAACGAGUUGAUUGCGUCAAACCACAUGGACGUCAUCAAUGUCGUCAGCGUUGCGAUGCGCGCCGAGGUCAAUCAGUGGGUCGAGGCCGACGACGACCAGAUCCAAGAGUCGCUUUAUUGGAGACAGGCUUUUGACUGUCGUACGUCGCAGCUCUCGUCCGUCGAGCUCACGUGCAAGUGCAAAACGCCCGCGAACCCAGACAAGACGCUUGUCGGGUGCACCAACUCGAACUGCGAGCAGUGGCUUCACAAGGAGUGCCUGCUGCACGAUAUCCUGACGCGCGUGUACGACGAGCUCGGAACCGACAAGCCACACAAGUCCAAUGACUUGCCAGUCAAGAUGGAAACGGACGACGCGCCCAACCCUGCGCUGCGCUCGACAACCCCGACCGGAAUCAAGGGCGAGGGAACACAGUCUCCAGCAGGCCUCAAGCAGGGGCCGAAUGGGGACGUCGCGCCACCGAAACAGCUCGACGGCAUCACGCCCAAGGCGACCGAGUCGCCAGCCCCGGGAACGCCAAUCGCCGCAACCAUCGAGAAGCCGUCAAGAUCAUCGUCGGUCAAGAGGGGCCGCGGGAAGAAGGCCGCCGUCGAGAGCAAGCCGUACGAGGGCUUGUUCGAGGCGGAGCUCAUCCUGGACAAUGGGCCGACGGCGUGGCAGAUCACGGACCUGAGACAAGGCGUGACGGGAGGCGACCGCACCUGGACGCAGCCUGCUACCUGCUUGGUAUGCGGAACCAAAAUCGACUGA